AUGCAUGCUGAGGCUGCGGUCAAGGAGGAGAUCAGAGCAAAUGAUUCCGAUGGCGAGGAGGACGACCCCUUAUGCCCGACGAUUCGAUUGACGAAAGAGGAGGUGGAGGCGAUCCGAGCACCAUGGAGGAAGACCCUGAUCGUCAAAGUGAUGGGUAGAAGGGUGGGGUAUGAUGCCUACCUGCUACGCCGGUUAGUCUCCAUGUGGAAACCCAAAGGGAGUCUUGAUCUUAUAGCCAUUGACAACGAUUAUUUCUUAGUUCAGUUUGGCGCUGUGGAUGAUCUGGAAUUUGCCAUGUUUGGAGGCCCUUGGAUGGUUUUGGAUCACUAUUUGAUAGUGAAACCUUGGGUACCCGACUUCGACCCCUUCGUGGAUACAACAGAGAAGGUGUUGGUGUGGGUGAGGAUCCCGUGUCUACCUGCGGAAUACUACAACAUUAUCUUCCUCAGAAAACUUGGAAAUAAAGUUGGCAGAACACUACGAGUGGAUCAGGCCACUAGUAUGGUGUCACGCGGGAAGUUUGCUAGAAUAUGCAUCGAAGUCGACAUCACGAAGCCUUUGAUUUCCAAAUUCAACUACAAGGGGCGGGUAAGAUCAGUAGCUUACGAGGGCAUCCACAUGAUAUGUUUUACAUGUGGGGCCUAUGGCCAUUCACUCGAUGCAUGUCCCAAGACAAACAAAGCUGCGACUGAAACAGAGGCAUACCGCGAGGAGGAGGUAGUGGGUGAACCAUCAGUUCGAGUUGGAGAUGAGCCCGUUGGCAGAUAG